GCACUCACAAGCUUGAGGAACCCCAAAUAUCUCGUUGCAGCAUUUAGCAUGUAUUUUUUUUUUUGCUCUCCAAUCUAGCCAGCUAGUAGUGACACCUGAACGAUCUACUUGGCAUUUAUCGAGCUACAGAUUCUCUACAUAGUGCCAUUUAAUCAACUUAACCAAGACAGGAAGUCAGGAGCUGAUCGACAAAUUAAUAUGGAGAUUGCUGAAGAGCCGACUGGUCAAUUUUAAGCCCGAAAUGACUUGCUAGAGAUCGACGGAUCCGAUUCACUAUGCGUACAGAGGAUAUCAAGGCGGACACCAUUGACGUGGCCGUCGAAAGGAUUCUCGUUGAACUUGGGGCAGACACUACAAGCAGCAGAGAGAAUGCCAUUUACUUUGAUGGUUGGGAUGGUCUUGGGGCAUCUGCCGUCCUGCAAGCUGUAGCCAAACGCCUCGCCAUAUCAAAUGAGCCGUCGACGAGGCCCACAGGGCUGGAGUUUGAGAAAAUCAUCCACGUCGACUGCUCAAAGUGGGAGAGCACAAGAGCAAUGCAGAGGGAAAUUGCAAAGCGGCUGAAGCUUCCCAAGUGGGUGAUGGAGAUAUUUGACAAACAAGACGAGGAUGAUGAUUUCAAUGGGUUGGGCCAGGGCUCCCGAACUGUGAUAGCACAAGUUGUCAGAGAGAUCUAUCAAGCCACACAGAAUCGCAGAUUCUUGGUGAUUCUGCACAAUGGAAGCAAUGAUGUGAUUGAUGUAUAUAAAUUUGGUCUCUAUAUAUAUGGAUAUGCCAAUAGCAAGAUGCUGUGGACUUUUCAAGGGAGGUUUCGUCUUGACCCCAAGAUGAUUGACAAUGUGAAGAAGAGCACCUCAACUGAUGUUGUUCUUUCAGCUUCAAGAGAUCGACGAGAUCCGCAGGAGCUUUGGUCUUAUCUACUGCACCAUGAGGCUGCACAAGUUUCCUGCGGCUGCAAAAAGAAUGGCCACAGUAUCAUUGAUCCAGCAAUUGUUGUUGAGUGUGCCUUGUAUGUGCUGAAACAAUGCUGCAUCGGCUCUCCUAUUGUUGACUACGACUGGCCUGUCCACACCAGUAACUAUUGGGUAUGCGACAGGAUCAUUGCGCUGACCGACAUUGACAAAGCAUGGCAAGUUGGCGAUGUUCUGCAGCAUGAGGUGCGUCUGUUAGACAUUGACAAUCGGCAUAAUACCGGUGAGUCAACAAUAAUGCCUCCUUCUCACUUGGCAAGGUCUACUGAGCAUAUGCAGUACUGGAUUUCCACAUCAACGUGUGGAUUUGAGCUGAGCUCUUCUGGAGUUAUGCCUGAUGACAUGUUCCAGCACUCACACCUGCUCGGCGUGCUCAAGCUCUCGAGGUGUACCUUUAGCUUCUCAUCGCCUCCAUUCCUCUGUUGCCAUAGCCUGAGAUUCCUGUCACUUCUGCACUGCCAAGACCUCCGAACAAGAACAAGCAAUGCACAUCAUUACCACACAAAUUCAGACAAGGAGUUGGACAGCAGUACCACGAUGUUAUGGGAAUGCUUCCAAAGCUUUUGGGUGCUUGACUUACGCUACACAGAUUGGGAUCAGAUAUUGUCAGCACGGAUGAUGGAUCUCAUGACCCAGCUCAGGGAGCUAAACGUGAUGGGAGCCAAGAACUGGGACAUGAGCCAUUUACGGGGACGGCUGCGUAAAGUUCGCAAGCUCCGUGUAACAAAGUCCACGUGCUGCUUUAACAAUGACGUGUUCUCAGAGAUGGAGAUGUUGGAGCUUCUUGAUUUAUCGGGAAAUACCAUCACACGAGGCAUGACAAGCUUAUCUGGCGCUGCAAGAAACCGCAGCCUCCAGACUGUCAUUAUUGGUGGAAAUUAUGGGUUAAAAAUGAUCUCUUUUAGGGGCUGCAAAGAAUUGAAGAACCUAUUGCUGAAAGGAUAUUUCUCGAGCCUUGAAGAGUUGGACAUCUCGGGCACAAGUGUGAAAACCCUCGACCUUGGAGGAGUGGAUGCUACCUCACUCCCCGAGAGGAUCAUCUUGCUAGGCUGCGAGAAGCUCCGUGCAAUAUUGUGGCCACAACACAAAGAAAGCCAAGAAUGGUCUGGCAUGCUCCGUAUUGACACCACCUCGACAUCAGCACCAGCUGAUGGAAGGGGAGUGCCAAAGGCACAUCCACAUGCCGAUCAAUCUCUUGAGCAGCAGAAAGAAGAGAAGUUUAAGGGGUGGCAGAUUUCGCUUCCAGAUGCAAGGCUCCUUAGGUCACUUUAUCCCGCGAGAUAUAAAUCCUUAAGAGGCUGCCAUAUUGAUAUCUGCCAUGCUGCUACCCUUGUUGGUAGCAUGGUCCAAGGAGCAAGCGGUGACGAACAAGUGCAGGUCCAACCGUAUACACGUACCGUGGUGGACUCCAUGUACAGAGAUUUCCUGAAGUACCGCCCAGCUGAAGCAGUGACGGCAUGGGAGUGGGACUGCCCUAAGAUACCCCUGCCACCGGCACCGCUAAUGCGGAGGUUUCUCCAAGUGACAUGUAUCAUAAAGGUGAUCAUGCACGGGCAGGGGAACACACUUUUGGAGGAUGCGAAUACCAGUGCCUUAUUAUUGCCUGAUUUUAUAUGCAACGGGGUUUCAUCGUUGCAUGUGUAUGAUAACCCUUCCAUCACCAGUGUCCUUGCACCUCCCCAAAGAUCAGAAUGGACCCGUCUAAUAUGGUGCCGAGUGGAGAGGUGCCCCAAGUUACACGCAGUCUUCACUAUUCCCAUGGUCCGCCAAGGUAUGUUCUCUGAUAACGUUUCCACAGGCUUCCAAAGUCUGGAGACAUUCUGGGCGUCCCAGCUACUGACAGCACGCUAUAUCUGGGACUGGGACUGGACAAUGGCCACAACGCACAUUAAACACUCUGGUAACUUUGAAAGUCUGGUAUUCUUGCACCUAGACUAUUGCCCCAGGCUCAUACAUGUGCUCGUCUUGGCCACACCUUCGGUCACCUUGGGUGCACUGGAGACCCUCGAGAUAGUGCAAUGUGGUGAUCUCAGAGAGGUAUUCCCAUUGGGACCCGAGCUUCAAGAGCAGGAUAAAAUUAUAGAAUUUCCCAAGCUGAAGUACAUCCACCUGUGUGAGCUCCCCAAGCUGCAGAGCAUCUGUGGGCGUAGGAUGUCUUCCCCUAACCUCGAGGCCAUCAACAUCAGGGGCUGCUGGAGCCUCAGGCGUCUGCCGACUGUCGGAGACAACACCAAGCCCCCCAAGGUGGACUGCGAGAAGGAAUGGUGGGACAACCUGGAGUGGGGUUGCAUGGAGAACCACCACCCUUCCCGCUACGAGUCAAGCCACUCGUUGUACCACAAGGGUCAGCUGCCCAGACGCAGCGUACUCAGGUAAUCUGCCAUUUCCAUGAAUUGGUAUUCAGUUCCCCUCAACCUGCAACCAUAUGUCGGUCAUGCACAUCUACAGAACUGAAGCUUUCCUAUCGUGUGCGUUGCUGCCCCUGCGUCCUGUGUGACUGGUUUAUCUGUGGAUUCUCCGCGUAAGCAUUGUCUGCGUCUGCGCCAUAUUGGUGUCUUGGCGCAGCUUCCAGUUUGAUUUGAUUUGGUUUGGUUUGAUCAUAGUUGCUCGAUCCAUCAUGUGGUUGCUUAGAUGUUGGUACAAUCUUUCGAGCAAAUUAGAAAAAAAUAAGAAUGGACGUUCGGAUCAUGUAUCAUGAGCUCGGGAGUACUCAUGAUGCUGCCGGAGUGCUCCUUCUAUGUGUGGUGUGGUGGUGUUUGCUUGUUGUAGUACAAAUAGUCGGCCAUGGACUGAUUGUGUUGUAAGCAUAAAUUACAAUGUGUGUUGUUGUUUGCUACGGUAUUAAUUGACACUAUUGACUGACUGUAAUUCGUGAGAAUAAAUGAUGAUUUUGU